AUGCGUAACACGUUUAAAAAAAAUCCAAAUGCAUCCAUAGCUCAUGCAUUCAGAAAAGGCUACGAAGUGGUGUACGAUCUCCACAACACGAUAGAAAUCUUCCACUGGAAUAGAUUCUCCAACCAGACCAUUACGAUUGAUUCGCACAACGUUAUCGUCCCGGAUGAUACACGUGAUUUGUAUGGCUUUGAGAUAGAAAUGUAUGUAUUGGAACACAUGAGCCAGGUAAUGACCUUCGACCGAUACUUCUUGGAACAGAUCGCUCUCAAGAGAAACACAACAGCCAUAUUAACUGACAAGCUUUCAAGCCGUACCUCUAUUAUGCCACUAAUUGGCAUGAAUGAUGUAAAUAUGCGUGGGCUUUUACCGGCAGCUGGAACCAUUUUCAUGGCAGUUAUUGUCCCUCGGGCCAAGCCUAAGUCAAUCGUGUCGGUCCUGAUCGAUCCUUUCGAUACGUAUGUAUGGAUUACAUUUUUCUUUUUAGUACUCACGAUGGCGAUUACUCUUUCCUUAUUUGGAAAGAUUCUCGGAAAGCGUCAUUUCGUAGAGAUAGUUCUUGAGUUGAUCAUGAUUUCUCUCGCGGGUCCUUCCAGGGCGUACGGCGGAUCAUUCGAGAAUCGGAUCAUCACUAUAUUCUGUGUAAUGGGCAUAGUACUCAUCUCAUCCUACCAGUCACUCAUCAUAUCCUUUAUGUCUUAUGUGCGGUACCAUCCAGAGAUCAACACGAUGGCAGAGAUAGAAGAACAAUGUCUCUUCAAGGAUGACAAAUAUCCAAAAUAUUUCAACUUUAAAACGUAUCCUAAUGGCUCAUAUCCCGAUGACGCCCAGGAUUGUAAAUUGUUGAUGGGACGUGAUAACGCCCAACGAACCUUCAUGAUGACGUCACUUACACUGGAUGACCGUCACGCCUUUUCCAAAGAAGACCUAAUGACCUUCGCAGUUGAAAACUUUCGCUUCGCUAAAACCAAGUUUUUCGAAUAUCAGCUUUGCUAUAUUGUAUCGUCACCUUUACGCGAAUUAUUUGUAUUCUAUCUUCAGGCAAUUAUCGAAUCUGGUAUCUAUGAAUAUUAUUACAACAACCAAUCACAACCUAAUUGGGAGUAUGAUCAGGAUACAUUUGUUGAUCGAGUUGUGAAAAUAAGUGAUCUUUUAUUACUCUGGUAUGCAUACCUAUGUGGAGCGUUGCUGAGUGUUAUAUGUUUCGUAAUGGAAACAGUCAUUUAUAACGAAAUUGAAGGACUAGCGGUUUUAUAUUAA